AUAAUAUAUUUUCUGGUGGUGCAAAAAAGUAUAAGGAUAAGCAUAAGCGAACAGAGCACGCGGAGAAAUAAGUAAACAAAGUGAGCAUAAGACAUUAGAACAGUCGAUUUAUUCGCGACGGUCGUAUUUAAAAAGCUAGGUCAUGUCGUCAAUGCUACCUAAACCACCAAAUCCGGAUGACAAACCGAAACCUGAUCUAUCGAAAGCCACCGGGAUAUUUUUCCAAAAUGCAGAUUUAGAUGAAGUGGCUAAGCAUUUCAUUGGUAACAACAACAGAUUUAGAGAAAACAUCAUUAUACCAAAAAUGUACGGUGCAGUGCAGAUCAAAACUAACGAGGAGAAACUGGUGGAGGCGGCUUUCGAGAGCUGUGCGUUCAAAUCGCUGAUGAGCUGCGUGCUAGGCUACGGGUUGGGUGCUGCCAUUGGGUUGUUCAGUUCGUCGGUUAAUCCGAACAUAGCGGAUCCACUGGCGGCGGAAAAGCAGCAAACGGCACGCGAGAUCUUCCGUGAUAUGCGCCAGGCGACACAUUCGUACGGCAAAAACUUUGCCGUCAUCGGAGCCGUCUUCGCUGCUGUAGAGUGUGUAAUUGAAUCGAAACGAGGAGUUUCCGAUUGGAAAAAUGGUACCUAUGCUGGAGCAGUAACUGGAGGACUUAUCGGUGUCAGAGCUGGACUUAAAGCUGGUAUUGUUGGAGCUGCUGGUUUUGCAGCAUUUUCCACCGUUAUUGAUUACUACAUGAGGCAUCGGUAAAAUACUCAAAAAGCUUAUAUAAGCUUGUUGCUAUUGACUUGAAUUGUAGAGUAACCAAAUAUACAAUACCGUAGAUUAAA